UAAUAUGUUUAGUGUAGGGAAGACAGUUUAUAAUAUGUUUAGUGUAGGGAAGACAGUUUAUAAUAUGUUUAGUGAAGGGAAGACAGUUUAUAAUAUGUUUAGUGUAGGGAAGACAGUUUAUAAUAUGUUUAGUGUAGGGAAGACAGUUUAUAAUAUGUUUAGAGUAGGGAAGACAGUUUAUAAUAUGUUUAGUGUAGGGAAGACAGUUUAUAAUAUGUUUAGUGUAGGGAAGACAGUUUAUAAUAUGUUUAGAGUAGGGAAGACAGUUUAUAAUAUGUUUAGUGUAGGGAAGACAGUUUAUAAUAUGUUUAGUGUAGGGAAGACAGUUUAUAAUAUGUUUAGUGUAGGGAAGACAGUUCAUAAUAUGUUUAGUGUAGGGAAGACAGUUUAUAAUAUGUUUAGUGUAGGGAAGACAGUUUAUAAUAUGUUUAGUGUAGGGAAGACAGUUUAUAAUAUGUUUAGUGUAGGGAAGACAGUUUAUAAUAUGUUUAGUGUAGGGAAGACAGUUUAUAAUAUGUUUAGUGUAGGGAAGACAGUUUAUAAUAUGUUUAGUGUAGGGAAGACAGUUUAUAAUAUGUUUAGUGUAGGGAAGACAGUUUAUAAUAUGUUUAGAGUAGGGAAGACAGUUUAUAAUAUGUUUAGUGUAGGGAAGACAGUUUAUAAUAUGUUUAGUGUAGGGAAGACAGUUUAUAAUAUGUUUAGUGUAGGGAAGACAGUUUAUAAUAUGUUUAGUGUAGGGAAGACAGUUUAUAAUAUGUUUAGUGUAGGGAAGACAGUUUAUAAUAUGUUUAGUGUAGGGAAGACAGUUUAUAAUAUGUUUAGUGUAGGGAAGACAGUUUAUAAUAUGUUUAGUGUAGGGAAGACAGUUUAUAAUAUGUUUAGUGUAGGGAAGACAGUUUAUAUUAUGUUUAGUGUAGGGAAGACAGUUUAUAUUAUGUUUAGUGUAGGGAAGACAGUUUAUAAUAUGUUUAGUGUAGGGGAGACAGUUUAUAAUAUGUUUAGUGUAGGGAAGACAGUUUAUAUUAUGUUUAGUGUAGGGAAGACAGUUUAUAAUAUGUUUAGUGUAGGGAAGACAGUUUAUAUUAUGUUUAGUGUAGGGGAGACAGUUUAUAAUAUGUUUAGUGUAGGGGAGACAGUUUAUAAUAUGUUUAGUGUAGGGGAGACAGUUUUAUUGUUGUAGAAGAGUUUUAAUGGUGGGGAAGGGAACAGUUUAUAGCAGUAUUUUUGGUGUUGUUAAUGGAGGUAAAGCAGUUUUAUUACACUCAAAUGGAGGUGUAGAUCUGUAGUGUCAGUGAAGAUGAAGCAAUUUAUAAUAUUAAUAGUGGAGGUAAUGAUGGCUGUGCUAGUGGUGAUGGUGAUAGCUGUGCUAGUUAAUUUAAUUUAAUUUUGCCAC